CCACAGCGACCAAAUCCACCAGCAGCAACCGGUUUGUCACAUGACCAGCGUGCAGCUCUGUGUCUACUGUGAGCCUUUUUUAUUUCCGCGUUCACGGAGGCAGCGCCGGGCUGAAUGAGUGAAUGUGUUUUUACAGCUGUGUGUCUACCUUUCACGCCGCCAAACUGCGUUGCCCGUGCGGGAGGAAACUCACGCAAUCGCAUUGCCUGGACCCACGCUGCAGCAGGACCAUGCUAACGCGGGUGAAAUCGGCGGUGGCCAAUUUUAUGGGAGGUAUGAUGGCUGGUGGAUCCAACGGAGACCAUCCCGGAGGCUCGGAUCUGCCGCUGAAAUACCCGUACAGCAGACCGGAGUUCCUGGGUCUGUCCCCGGACGAGAUUGAGUGCUCGGCGGAUCACAUCGCACGACCGAUCCUCAUCCUGAAGGAGACCAAGCGGCUGCCGUGGUCCACCGGCUACGCAGAGGUGAUCAAUGCAGGAAAGAGUGCGUUAAAUGAGGACCAGGCCUGCUGUGAGGUGCUGGUGGUCAAACGGAGACCUACAGGAUGCUCCACACCCAACCGGACCUCCAUGGCCCGCAGGAGGUCUUCCCUGCCCAACGGAGAGGGUUUGGGCCCCAGGGACGGCAAUGACGGCUCUGAAGAGUUAACCCUCCACUACUGGGCGCUGUUCGACGGCCACGCGGGCUCUGGGGUGGCUGUAAUGGCUUCCCGCCUCCUGCAUCACCACAUCGCCCUGCACCUUCAGGAGGUGUUGGAGAUCAUCUGCACUCCGAACCUGCAGCCCCCUACGUGCCUCGGGGAGGAGCUUAUCAAUCACCACCUCACCCCGACAUCCCAACGCGCCCUCACCAGGGCCGCCUCGCUCCGCGGCGCUGCAGGGGCUCCGGGCUCACCCAGUACCCCACCCACACGCUUCUUCACGGAGAAGAAAGUUUCACACGAGAGCCUGGUGGUCGGCGCCAUCGAGAACGCUUUCAAAGACAUGGAUGUACAGAUAGAGAAGGAGAAGGCCGUCUACAACAUCUCAGGUGGCUGCACUGCUCUGGCGGUCGUCUAUAUGCUCGGGAAGCUCUACGUUGCGAAUGCCGGGGACAGCAGAGCUAUCAUUAUCCGGGCAGGGGAAGUCAUCCCCAUGUCAGCAGAGUUCACACCCGAGUCAGAGCGACAGCGACUGCAGUUCCUGGCUUACAUGCAGCCCCACUUAUUAGGGAACGAGUUUACACAUCUGGAGUUCCCGAGGAGGGUCCAGAAAAAGGAGGUGGGGAAGAGGAUGCUGUACCGUGACUUCACCAUGUCAGGAUGGGCAUAUAAAACCAUCGAGGAUGAUGACCUCAAGUUUCCCCUGAUCUACGGCGAGGGAAAGAAGGCUCGUGUGUUGGCGACCAUCGGAGUCACCAGAGGUCUCGGGGACCACAAUCUGAAAGUGCACGACUCUAACAUCUACAUUAAGCCGUUCCUGUCCUGCUGCCCAGAGGUCAAAGUGUACCCUCUGGCGGAGUGCGAGCACGGAGCUGAUGACGUCCUGGUGCUCGGAACCGACGGUCUGUGGGACGUCCUCUCUAACCAGGAAGCGUCUGAAGCAGUCACCUGUUUCCUGGCAAACUGCGACCCCGACGACCAGCACAGGUACACAAUGGCAGCUCAGGACCUCGUGAUGAGAGCACGAGGGGUGCUGAAGGAUCGAGGCUGGAGGAUAUCCAACGACAGAUUAGGCUCUGGAGACGACAUCACUGCCUACAUCAUUCCCCUCACGUACGGCAACAAGCAGAACUAGCCCCGGCUACGAAACUGCACCCACCUCCGAAACGUAACCCUGCCUUGACUCCUGCAGAUCCCCCCCUGUCCCCUGUGCUCUUUUUAAAGUGCUUUAGUGUGGAGUCCUCUGCUGACGGAUCCAAGAUGUCUCUGGUCUCAAAUGGGAUGUUUGGUUUUUCUCCCCUUGAUCGUCCUCAAUCAGGAUGAUCUCUUUCUGUCUGUCAUGAAAAGCAGUGGAAGAGCUUUUUUUUUCUUUUCAAAUCUCGAAGAAGCCAUCAUGGACUCUGUAGUUGGGGGAAGCCUAAGGUUGGGAGCAUUAGACUCAUAGACAGACAUGGUGAUGUGCAUCUCAGGAUUGCAUUUACUAACUAAUGCACAAUAUUUAUAAAUGUGAAAAUGUAAAUAAUCCUAGGCGUAAGACAUUCGAUAAGUAUGUUUAGUUGAGCACUUGUACAGUGUAAAAAAAAAACAACUAACCUGAAGACUGAUGUCCUGCAUAUAUGAAGCAUAAAUCCUCUGUUCCAGCUUUUAAAUUAGCUACAUUCAAUCAUCUGCUAUUCUAAGUCUGAAAAACUUCUCCUGAUGUUGCACUUUCAAUAACUUCUUUACAAUUAAGGAUUACUGAUUCCAUUAAAUGAAGGAACAUAUUUAAGAAGACAGGACAAGAUACUAUUUAUGGUGUUAAAUCAAACCCAGAUUUACGAAGGAAAAACCAAGUCUUUCUGUUGCUUCCAUUCUACCUCAUAAUUUCUUUCCUUUUCUUGUAUAUUAUGCUAACAUACUGUCAACGUCCUCUUCUAGUGGCUGUUUGCAUGCUACGUCAGUUGCAUCGUCAGCUGCUUCCUGUGCCAUUAUUCGAGUUUCAUUGUUAUACUGUACCUGCAAGAUUUGUAAAAACGUUUGUGGAGAAUCUCUCAAGAAAGUAAAAACGCCUCACAGGGAACUGUGUGAUAGAUAAAGUGUUGUACGAAAUAUAUAUUUUUCAUAUAGGCUCAAAAACCCUUUGUCAUGCACUCAAUUUUACGCUUUUCUCAGUAUCCGUUGGAUGUAUUGUUCCUGAUAAGAAAAACCCCAUCCUUAUGAAUAGCAGGUGCCUAUAAUAAAGACAGUUGUUUUAAUGUGUCACUUGAAAGGAAGUAUGGAUGAGACUAUCAGCGUAGACAUUUCGAUGGGCAACACUUACCUUCUGUGUCUACAAUCAAUAUUGUUCGCUGAAUCCGUGGCUUUCCAUAUUUCGGUUUAAUGUAGUUUUCAGCUUGUCAACAUGUUGUAUCUUAAAGGCUGUACGAGUGGCUGGUGAACAAGGGAACAGAGCCAUUUAAUUUAAAUGUAAAAAUGUACAUAAUGUUUUAAGUAUAUACUUUUCUUGUUUAUUUUACUGUUAGUAAUGUACAUGUUACUGAAACAAAAGACUUUAUUUGUACUGUUUUGGAAACCAAGGAACAGUGUAAAAAAAAAAUGGUUUAAAUGCUCUCUUUUCUGCUCUAUUAAAAAAAGUAACCUUUUUUUCACGUUA